GCUACUAACUUAUUCCACUCGGUGUAAGCAUGCAGGUAGAUAGCGCUUGUGGAAGCUAUGUUUUGGCUUUGUCUGUCUUCCUAUUAGUGACCUCUGCACUCAUAAAGCUUGGGGCAAGAUUCCCCUCGGUUUUUAGUACCAACGGGCAACCCAGUCAGCGAGCUACCGGCCGGACGACAGGUGGGCCCACAAAAACACGGCGUCCUUUGACACUGGGCCCGGUGACCCCCGGUUCAAGGGAAGACGAACAGGAGCCAGAUUAAACAAAGAACUCAGGACCACCCAGGGUGCCCCUUUAUUUCAAACCUACUGACCUAUGGAACAUGCUUCUUUAGAUACAAUGCUGAUUGAAGAUGUUAUCCUUGAACAGCGGCCGGGUCUCACAAUCCGCUCAGUUCUACGCACUCUCCGCGGUGUCAAUAAGUUGAAGCGUUCCGCCCCUCAGAAAUCGAAACUAUCUACCUUAGAUGUCUUGGAACGCGGCUAUAUGCGUCUCUUUGAAAAAGAAACGGCCAGUUUUGUCGUGAUCUUCGCAAGGACCGUCGCCAAUCUCGAGCUCGUUCAAGGAAUAUCUUCAUCGAGAGUGGCUCAAGAAUUCCCGAGAAUGAGUUUCCCAUCUUCCUUUCGUCACAACGAUGGCCGUCUUCCACCACCCAUCAUAAUUCCUAUGGGCCAUCGCCCGCAGAAUCCAUUCACACCUCGUGAGAACCGCUUACCGCUUCAGCAUCAGGGACCUCCGAUGAACGCCCCCCGCUUCGACUCUCAGGCACAUCGUAUGAAUCCCCCUAGCUUUCAUCCUCAACCCGAUCCCCGCUGCGCGGUCCCUCCUGGUCCCAUAACACCUUACGUAUCACAUGGACAUCCUGAAGUUUAUCACCAAAGCCAGGGACCUAGGCCAGUCUUCCAACCUCCGGGGCCAAAUCCCCGCAGAGAACCUGCCCAAGAACCUCCACCAUUUGUUAGGCCACCCCCAGAUCCAAUUCAGAGUAACAGAUACAAGGACGACAUAUAUUUGGAUGAAGGGGGAAACGGCUUCCAGAACGACGACCGAGGCUCUAGAUAUAUCAAAGAGGAGUUCCGAUACACCAACGACUGGCCCCAGAAUAGAUUGAGAAACCCGCCGGAGCGGUCUGAUCAGAAUUUCCAAAAACACCCAAGGCAAUCGAGUGCCUUUGAGCACGAUGACCCUCGAAAUCGCUCCAUGAGCAGCGAGAAGGGACCUCUUCAGAGUUACCAGGACACCAGCCGGAGUAUGCGGGAAACAGCAGAAGAAUGGCGGCAGCAGGCGAGUUUUUGCGCGUCUCAAAUUAGGGAAGAAAGGCAUUCCGAACAAAAUGAGAUGCUAAAUUCUGAACAAUGUGGCGGAGGCCAGAAAACAGCAACAGAUUUCAGAAGAGAAAGGCGUUUUCAACGACAGAUGGAGAGAAUUUCCCAAGAACAGUGCAGAGGCGCCCGAGGGCCAAGCCUUUCGAAAUGGGCUUCCUCCGUUACCAGGCCGAUGGCUCCCAGGCGGCGCGGUUCCGAGUCGAGCUGCUCGACUUCACCCGAUGAAGCCAUUGACAAUUAUCAGCGGGAGCCUGUUGCCUAGAAGAAAUGCAGUGUUUGCCGGAGCUUGCGCCAUGACAAAGGGAAGCCUUGAGUCA